AUGUGGAAGCUCCUCACCAUAGGGCUGCUCCUGGCUGCCUGCCCUUCACGGGUCUGCAGCACCUCAAUAUUUUACAGCUCUAAAGAUGCAAACCGAGUGCUGAGGAUCCAGAAGCGAGCCAACUCUUUUCUGGAGGAGCUCAAACCAGGCUCUGUGGAGCGUGAGUGCAGGGAAGAGCUCUGUGACUUUGAGGAAGUCAGUGAGAUAUUUGAAACCAAGGAGGCAACACUAGGUUUUUGGUCCAUAUAUGUAGAUGGAGAUCAGUGUAAGCCACAGCCUUGUUCCAAUGGGACCUGCAAGGACAGUAUUGGAAAAUUUUCUUGCAUCUGUAACCAAGGCUGGGAGGGGGAGUUGUGCAAUUAUGAGGUCAAAUACACCAACUGUUCCGUGGAUAAUGGGGGAUGUGAGCAUUUCUGCAGGGAUGACCCUGCCAACCAGCGCCGCCUGUGCAGCUGUGCAUCAGGGUACCAGCUGAUGAAUGACCACACCAAGUGCAAACCUGUAGUGGAGUUCCCCUGUGGAAGGGUGAAGGUAGACCUCAUCGAAGCCAAAGCAGACUUCAAUAUUCGGCUCAUUGAGGGAACAGCUGGAAGAAGAGGAGGCAGCCCUUGGCAGGUUCUGCUGCAAAAUGCCAAAGGGCAGUUUGUGUGUGGGGGUGUUCUCAUCCAUCCAUCUUGGGUCCUGACGGCAGCACACUGCGUGCCCACAGACAAGAGGCUCAAAGUAAAACUUGGUAUGGAAAAUCAUCCAUCCCUGUGGUUUAAACAGNNNAUUUGGGUUGACAAAAGUGUGUCCCACGAGAACUACACGCAGCACACGUCGGAUAACGACAUCGCCAUGCUGCACUUGGCCGAGCACGUGGUGUACAACAAGUAUGCACUGCCCAUCUGCCUUCCCACUCGCAGCCUGGCCGAGCAGGAGCUGGGCAGGGCUGGGAAGCAGAUGGUGGUGACUGGCUGGGGCAGCACCAGCGACAGCGAAAUGAAAUAUGCCACUUUGCUCAGCUACAUCGAAAUCCCCCUAGUUGCGCGGAAUGAGUGUGCCCAGGCCAUGAUGUCUCCCAUCACUGACAACAUGCUGUGUGCUGGGAGCCUGGGAAGCAAAAAGGAUUCCUGCCUUGGGGACAGUGGAGGUCCCAUGUUCACUAGGUAUAAGGAUACUUGGUUUUUGGUAGGACUGGUGAGUUGGGGCGAAAAGUGUGGAAAGAAGGAUAAAUUUGGAGUCUAUACCAAAGUUAGUCAGUACCUUGAGUGGAUCCAGCACCACAUAGCUACGUCAGCUCCUUUGAAGGGUUGA